AUGAAGUCUGUUAUUCUAAUUUUGCUGGUUGGAACAGUGCUCGUAUUAUGUGAUGUAAAUAUAGUUUUUGAUCUGAACAAAGCCGAAGAGCUCUUCGAACAAUUCAUUAAAGACUACAACAAGGUUUACGAAGACGACGAAGAUAAAAAGGUUCACUUUGAAGCGUUCAAGAAAAAUUUGGAACAAAUUAAUAAGUCAAACCAGGAAAAUCCAGAUGCUAUUUUUGGCAUCGACGAUUUCACUGAUUAUACUGAGGAAGAAUGGUCGCAUAUGCACGGCGUCAUCCUACCUACCUCAUCAACGGAAAAUAUUCCGGAAUAA